AUGGCAAGCGAAUAUGUCACCGACGAUUCGGAAAACGAGAGCAUGUCCGAGAGCAUGUCGUGUUCAUCUUCGAGCGACCAAGACAACAGUGAAAUCGUCGAAGACGUAUUAGCCGGGUCUUAUCAGCCUUAUGCUCACGAACCAUUAGCAGAAACUUCUGACGAGGAUGAACAAGAAGAGGUCGAUGUUGAUGGGAUUCCUUUACAAGAAAUUGAAGACCGAUACGAAGGAAUACAAACGAUUGAAAAUUGGUGUUGUUGUGGGCAUUGCGACGCGCGUUUGUUAUUUGGUCCAAGAGAAUACAGAUGCUGUCACGAGAUAGAUGCGGCAAAUGUUUUUAAGUCAGAACCAACAGAACCUGUUCAAUGCGUUACUGAACAUCCUGAUUUUAACGCUGUUGUAUUGCAUCCUCGAGUCCUGCAAGUUGCAGCGAAUGGAUUGAGAACGAGACAGGGUAAAAGGUAUAAACAACUUGGCAGCGACGAAAAUAGCUACUUGAGAGCAAUCGCAUACAGACUCUUUAUAUCUAUGGUAUUUGGGUUCAUGGGAUUUGACAAUUCAAGACCGCUCCCUGCAUGCGCGUAUACAACAAUUCGAACAAGGUUUCCAAAGGCGAAAAACACCGAAUAUACUGGAUAUAAGUCAACAGAAGAGAGGUAG